UCUGACGUCAUCGGUGCAGAGGCACAACGGGCGGGGAAGGAAAAGGAAGCUCUGCCGAUGAGGACUGCCUGGAGCAAAAGUUAGCAAAGUUAGUGUCUGUCGAGGCCCAGAAGAGGAUCGGAAUGCAGGGGAGGAAGACCUGAAGUUGUGGCUAACGAGGACGGGUCCACAGACUCAGAGAUGUCGUCCAACCUGGACUCCAGCCUGACCAGCAUCGACUGGCUGCCCCAGCUUGGAGUCAGCAGCCUGCGCUCGGGGCGAGAGAGAGGAGGGGGAGAGAGGGACAGGAGGCGGGACGACCCGCACGCGACCCCCGCCAACCCCAGAGGCAAGCCCCCCCACAGCUACGCCACCCUCAUCGCCAUGGCGAUCAGCGCCGCCCCUUACCGGCAGCUGAGCCUGAACGACAUCUACACCUGGAUCAGUGACACCUUCCCCUACUACAGCCGCACCUGUCGAGGGUGGAAGAACUCCAUUCGACACAAUCUGUCACUUAACAAAUGCUUCCGGAAGGUUCCUCGUCCCCACAACGACCCCGGCAAGGGCUCCUAUUGGACAAUGGACGGACCCGCUGCGGCCAAUCACGCCAGGGCACCGAAGCGUUCUUAUCCAGAGGAGGAAGCGGACAGGAUUCAUGUGUGUUCAUCAUAUAAGACGACAGUUUUACAAGUCCCAACAAGAGGCCCAUCUCCUGGCCCACCUUGCCACAAAGAAGGCAAUGUGCCGAAAGAAGCCUCCUUAGCUCCUCCCCCUUGCAAGCAACCGUACACGCCAUCUCCUGCCCCUCAUCCAUCUGCUGCCCCCCCUCUCUCCGCUGACAACGCUUGUUCAACAUUUCCCGGCCAAUCGGGACCAGCACGUCCCCCGACUUCCUCCUCCAGCGCCUCGCCGCUCACCUUUUCCAACGCGGCGCCGCCCCCACCCGGCCCUUUGACCGGCCCCCCCGGGCCCUCGACUGACACCCCGUUGAGAUUCACCUUCGACGAGAUGCCCGACCUGUACGCCUCGUUUAAGUCCCUCUUCAGGAGUAUCAGGGGGAGGAGGGGCUCACAAGGGGAUGUGGCGCCUCAGAUGGUGUCCACUACCGACAACACUCCACUUCACACCCCGGUCCUCCUUCUCGGGUCUCCUCACCACACACCUGCACCACCACCACCUGCAGCAGCACCAGCACCAGCACCACCUGCAGCAGCACCAGCACCACCUGCGCCCCCUGGUGACACACGCGUCAAACAAUACACGGUGCCGCCUGAUUGGCUGAGCAACACGGAGUCUCUGAAGGAGAGUUUCCGCAUGGCCAGCGGUCUGGACUGGGCCAACAUGGACCUGUCAGCUCACCCAGACCUGCUGGAGAGCAUGCGGCAGGCCGAGCUCUGUGAUUGGGCGCUGGACCCGGCGCUCUUCACCUCCCUCUGCGACUCCCUCAACCGCUUCUUCACCCAGAAGGGCCUGGUCACUUCCCCGCUGGCCAAUCACACGCCUGCGCCCUCGUCCUUCCACUUCCCCCCCGCCGCCUGGGCGCCCUCACCCCGCCGACCUCUGCACAACCUUCAACGACCUUCACACACGCAGCCCGCACACAUGGCCGCUGGGAUGCAGCCUCAACCCACCACACCACGACAGCAUCCUCCUCUCAAGAGUCUCCAUAGCAACAGCGAAGAGUUCCAGGAUGACUUUGACUGGGAUUCUCUCCUGGGCUGACCCACACCUUCUGCACCAUCAAUAGCAGGGGCGCCUGACCUUCUUCCACUGAGGGCCACAGACUGACAAAUCAAAGCAUGCAGGGGCCAUUUGGUAGUCAGUACCAUAUAUGUUCAAAGAACUAGAAAAUGCAAUUACGUGUGAAUGCUGAAGAGCCAAAGCCGAGCUGAGAUGCUAACAGUUAGCACACUGGCCACAGAGCGUCAGGUAAUACAAACUAUGAGCAAAAUGUGCUACAGAAGCUAACAUGCCAACAAUGGCAUGCGUACAGUUAGCAUUAAUGAAAUACCAAAAUAUGAAACUCAGGUGAGUUCGCUAAAAAUGCAAGCAAACAAGCUAAAACAUGCAUUAAAUACUAAAAUAAAUCACUCUGUGUACCUGAAAAAAUUGUUUAAAAUGCUAGCAUGCUAACAAUACCACGUAAUAAAUAAUAUGACCGAGGUGUAUACCUAAAAAAUUUCCUAAAAAAAAAAAAAGCUAGCACGCUGGUUAGCAAUGCUAAUUGUAACAUGCGUUAAGUAGCAACAUAUUACUCCAAAGUGUUUAAAAUGCUGGCAUGCUAACGAUAGCAUGCAUAAAGUACCAAAAUAUGACUGAGGUGUAUACCAACAAAAUUAGCUUUAAAAAAAACUAGCAUACCAACGUUAACACGCCAACAGGUAUCAUUGGUCAAGUGACAAUGUAUUUGACGCUGAGGUGUACACCUGCAAAAUUAGCUAAAAAAAAAGAAAGAAGCUGGCAUACUAACGUUAGCAUUCUAACAGGUAUCAUACGUCAACAAAAUAUUUGACCCUGCGGUGUUACCUGUGAAAUUAGCGAUAAAAGUUAACAUAUUAAAAUCAACAUGCUCAGAGGAUACAUUUUUGACGCUGUGGUGUACAAUAAUUAGCUAAAAAGCUAAGAAUUGUGCAAAAAAAAUUAGCCACGGGCCUUCUAAAUACCACCGCUCUCUCGUAUUGUGCAGAUCAUUCCCCAGUGUGUCGGACUUUACAAAGCCACGUCGUCAAGGAAAAUAAAAUAUACAUUUAUUCUUGUCACAUUAUUGUACUCUGCAGCAUUAAAAAUUGCAAAAUGGGAUAAGGACAAUAAAAAGUACAGCACAAGCAUGAAACUAUUCAUUAUUUCAGUGUUUUUUUUCCUUCGAUUCAUCAAUUUAAAUGUUCUUCCUGCUUUCAAACGUGAAUGUUCACGGGCAACACCACACAAAACCUGACUUGGUAAUA